AACUUUGCUGAUCAAAAUCAUCUAGAGGCGAAGAAUCGGAACAUUUCAUUUCUUCGUAUCAACAUUCCCCCAUUUAAGCAUGCCUCGCCACUACGAUCUCUGCGCCCGUGUGCAAAAUGGAUUUCGUGCUCGCCUUCGUAAAAUCGCUGUUCCGGAUACAAAAAUGAACUUGGCGAUCGCCAAUGUGCUUUACAAGGAAGGUUUCAUUGCUGGUGUUGCCCGUGGUGACCAUACUCAACCCGAUACUACCUAUGUCCCUACGACCCCUGAUAACAUCGCCACGCGUCGUUUGUGGCUCGAACUCAAGUAUGUCAAUGAUGAACCUGUUCUCAAGAAGAUGACCGCUGUCAGCAAACCAUCCAAGAAGGUUGUUAUGAAGGUUCAGGAACUUCAGAAUUUGGCUGCCGGAAACCGCUCACAAUUCAUCAAGGGCCUUCAACCAGGAGAAAUCGCUAUCCUCACCACGAACUACGGCGUCUUGGAGCUUAGGGAUGCUUUGGAAAAGGGCGCAGGAGGUGAAGUCUUGUGCAGAGCUAUUUAAGCCAGUCAAAAUAAAAAAAAACUGAGCAGAAGGAGCGGAGCGAAUAUAAAAAAUAAAAAAUAAUAAAAAAAGGAAAAGGGGGUGGGGAGGAGACAUGGGGGUUGUGAGGAAAGCUGAGCCGUUAGACAUGUAUAUUAUACACAAUAAAUUAACUCAUUG